AUGGGCGAGAAAUGGACUGAUGAUGAAAAAAUCGAAAUGCUGCUUCACUCAAUAAAAGCUAAUACUGCAUGUGGAAAUGUCAGAAAAUCCUUCAACCUCUGUAGAGCUUCCCCAUUUGGCAAAACAAUUGAUCCAGGACUUUGCAGAUUUCAAGCACAAACUUUAAUUGACUGUUUCGAAGAAAUCAGAAAAAUCCCUCCUUCAUGCCAAGAAGAAUACAGCCAAGCUUUCCAAUGUGUGAAAACUGCACAAAGCGAGUUCAUUAGACUAACUACUUGUAAUAAAGAAGUAGAAGCCUAUGAAUUGUGCCCACACCCCGCACAAGAGAAUUUUAGGUUUUUUGAUCAAGCAUUUAAACGAGGAGAAUAA